UAGCAAUGUUGGUAGUGAGCACAUGACCAUCCUACUAUACAUUGACGAAACGUACACAUUGACUUGAAGAGUUGUAAUUAUAAUCUUUUAGCCGGUUCGGGUUUGUCGUUACAUCGACCGAGCGCCACAUAUGUUAUUGUGGACAUGGAAGAGGACGACGACGUGUUCAGUCUCCAAGUGGAGUCAACCGACUUGCCAAGUGAACCACUAGAGGAUUAUGAUGCUGAAAGCCCAGUGUUGGACUGGGAGCUUCAAGACACACACACUGAACAUUUCUUUGUACAAACUGAAGAGGAGCAUCAUGUGGAGAGUGAUUCCACUGAAGGAGGGAUAGAAAUCUCUCCUGUUGUGUCAACUACACCAGACAGUAUCUGUAGCAUGGCUCCUCCACUGGUUGGCAAGGAAACCAGCCAUGUAUUCUUUUGUUACAGUCCAUCUGAUAAUGAGUGGGUGGCAAAUGUUGUCAGAAAAUUGGAAUCUCCGGCGUAUGGUUUUAAAUGCUAUAACCAUGAACUGGUAUGUGAACCAGAGAAAUCAAAAGCUGACUUAAUACUGAGUUGCACCUGUUGUUGUAAGAAAGUGGUUGUGGUGCUUUCAUCAGCGUUUUUAGAGAGUGCAUGGUGUCAACUUGAUAAUGCUUAUGUUAUACAGCAGCUCAUCAAAGAUACCAACAAGAUAAUUGUAGUGGCACUAAAUGACUGCAAUGCUCCACAUUAUCUUCAACAUUUCGUUCCAGUUAAUGCCAUGUCUAAAAGUUUCUGGCCACGAUUUAUUGCUUCUCUCAAGCAAGAAAUAUUUGUUGACGUGGUAAACAGCUUUAGUAAUGAACACGCUGAACAAAAAUCUUGA